AUGGCAUCAAUCGAAAUUGAAUCAUCAGACGUAAUUCGACUCAUCGAACAAUUCCUCAAGGAAUCCAAUUUGCACCGCACUUUGGCUGUUUUACAGGAAGAAACCAAUGUUUCACUGAACACAGUCGACUCAAUUGAUGGGUUUUGUAAUGAAAUUACGUCCGGAAAUUGGGAUAAUGUGCUGAAAACUGUGCAAUCGCUUAAAUUGCCAGCUAAGAAGCUCAUUGAUUUGUAUGAACAUGUAAUUAUCGAGCUUGUGGAAAUGCGAGAACUCGCGACCGCCCGUCUGGUCGCCCGCCAAACCGAUCCAAUGAUUCUCCUGAAACAAAUCGAUCCAGACAGAUACUCCCGACUGGAAUCCCUCAUCAAUCGACCGUAUUUCGAUAGUCAAGAGGUCUACGGAGACAUUUCCAGGGAUAAACGAAGGAAUGUGAUUGCUCAGACGAUCUCAUCUGAAGUCCAUGUGGUUGCUCCGUCCAGAUUGCUCAGCUUAUUGGGACAGAGUCUGAAAUGGCAGUUGCAUCAGGGUCUAUUGCCACCUGGAACUGCUAUCGACUUGUUCAGAGGGAAGGCGGCGUUGAAAGAGCAGAUUGAGGAGAGAUAUCCGACCAUGAUGGCCAGAAGUAUCAAAUUUUCGACGAAAAGCUAUCCAGAAUCGGCUGUCUUCUCACCGGAUUCCAAUUAUCUGGUCUCAGGAUCGAAGGACGGCUUCAUUGAGGUCUGGAAUUAUAUGAACGGAAAAUUGAGGAAGGAUUUGAAGUAUCAGGCCCAGGACAAUCUAAUGAUGAUGGACGCGGCGGUGAGAUGUAUGUCAUUCAGCCGAGACUCUGAAAUGCUGGCCACUGGAUCAAUCGAUGGGAAAAUCAAAGUUUGGAAGAUCGAAACGGGCGAUUGCCUUCGAAAAUUCGAUAGAGCCCAUACGAAUGGUGUGUGUGCUGUGAGAUUCUCAAAGGAUAAUACGCAUGUGUUGUCGGGGGGAAAUGAUCAUGUUGUUAGAGUGCAUGGAAUGAAGAGUGGAAAGUGUCUGAAAGAGAUGCGCGGUCACUCGAGCUACAUCACCGACGUCCGGUAUUCAGAUGAGGGUAAUCAUAUUAUCUCGUGCUCAACAGAUGGCUCAAUUCGCGUUUGGCAUGGAAAAACUGGUGAAUGUCUAUCGACAUUCCGUGUUGGAACCGAGGAUUAUCCCAUUCUGAACGUUCUACCCAUUCCAAAAAGCGACCCACCCCAAAUGGUGGUCUGUAAUCGCUCGAAUACGCUUUAUGUCGUCAAUAUCUCGGGACAAGUCGUCCGCACAAUGACAUCUGGUAAACGUGAUAAGGGAGACUUUAUCAGCUGCAUUCUAUCGCCAAAAGGAGAAUGGGCAUACGCAAUUGCCGAGGACGGUGUCAUGUACUGCUUCAUGGUUCUUUCGGCAUCACUGGAGACGACGCUUCCCGUAACCGAACGUCUUCCAAUCGGUCUGGUCCACCAUCCCCAUCAGAAUCUCAUCGCCACGUAUGCAGAGGAUGGUCUUUUGAAAUUGUGGACCGAUUAG